AUGCCCAUAACGCGUCCUGAAAGCAGUCUUCCUGACAUCUGCCUCAUCUAUCGGGAUCUGAUUGGACACACUUUGCCAAAUGAACCAUUCUUGCCUUCAAGGUCAAAGGUGUCUAGAAUCACUCAUCCAGCCAUUCGCUAUGUGCACCGCCUCAUCUCCACCACUUUCCAAUGCAAACAAGAAGCCAACAAGGUCACAACUGAUGAGUUCUACAUCCUCACCACACCAUUCAUCAAGCAUGAGUACAAGGCCAACCUUGGACUUUUACUUGCCAAGACAUUCAUCAAUGUGAGGAAGCUAGCUCAAGACUUGGAAGGCAACAAGAAGCUUUGUGUUCGUUUUGGGAGGCUUAUCACGGCCAUAGUACAACAUGUGGGGAUUGACAUUCCCAACUAUGAGCCACUACCCAAGCCAACCCCUUUGGAUCUCCAUGCUCUUCAGCACAUCCACUUCCUAAACCGUUGGACUAAAGACCCAACUCGGUUUUGCUAUGAGUUUCCAAUUGGUCCAGCCAACACUUCCCUUGUCUUGCUGCCACAUGAAGACAUCCCAAGCCUACGCUCAGGAGUUGUCACUUUCCAGCCCAAUGAGGAAGACUUCUAUUCAAGACUCAACGCCGCUCCAAGAACGCCAUGUUCUCACUACUGGCAUGGCCGCGCACAAGCUCUAGACCGUGUUAACAAGCUGGAGAAGAUAGUGGAGUGCCAAUCUCGCUUCAUCUCACGCCUAGUCCGUGUAGUUCGCCACAUUGCACCGGAGAGACUCUUUCGCCCUUCUUCCACCGCUAGAGAGCCAUAUGAGCCUGACCUUGGUGAGUUCUCACUAGACUCAGAGCUUGGUUCAGAAGGCGAUGACCCCAUAGAUGAGGAAGAGAGUUCUUCUCACUGCCACACAUAG